AUGUGGCACCAUGAGACGGAGUACACAUCCGCGCCGGGGACGGCGACAAGCGUAGUACACGAGGACGUCUUCCUGGAUGCCUCUGGCGAAUACCUGUACGACCCUCAGUCCAUUCGGCACCUAGGUCUUCAGAAUGGUCUCUACCCAAGCAUCUUGCAUGAUUCGUGCGCUGUGGGGUCCGCAGGUCGCUGGAGUGAGAAGUACGCAGGAAGCUUUGGGCGGAAUACCCAGGCCGGUGCUCCCAGACAAGGUAACCAUGACCCUGAGGUUCGGAACUUGGUCGCCACGUACAGAACAUGCACAAGAUGGGACCCUAAGACAGGGGUCAAGUGCAACCUCUGUCUGGAGCAGGACAAACUGCUGGACAUGCUGAGCCGUCUAUCCAGGAUGCUCAUACUUGCGGCUGAGGACUUUUCAGAGGGUGCCGCCCUAGACCCAGCUUCCUUACGGGACUGGGCCCUGUGCUGCUUUGCCUGCUGGGCAAUAGGAAGUGUUACGUUGCCCCAGGCUAGCUGA